AUGAGUGAAGUUAUAGUUUUGUACGAGGGAUAUUCGGUAAUGACCGGGAAAGACCAAAUGUCAGCUAAUUGUAGUUGUACAUUAAUAAAAGGAGCUAACAAUAUUAUAAUAGACACUAUGACUUCUUGGGAUGGCCAAAAAAUUUUAGCUGCUUUAGCAAAGAAUAAUGUAAGCCCCGAAAACAUAAAUUAUGUAAUUUCUACUCAUGGACAUUCAGAUCACAUUGGCAACAACAAUCUCUUCUUGUUGGCAAAACAUAUUGUUGGCUUCAGUGUAUCUUUCAAUGAUGAAUACCACAUGCAUCCUUUUGAUAAAGGAGAGGAGCUUAGAAUCGAUGACAAUGUGAGAGUAAUACCUACUCCAGGUCAUACACUCUCCGAUGUCACUGUGCUUGUCAAAGCCAUUGGUGGUGCAACAAUAGCUAUAGUCGGAGAUCUAUUUGAAAAAUUUGAUGAUAUACAAAAUCCGAAUUUAUGGAUGGAAGCAGGCAGUGAGGAUCCAGUACGUCAAAUGCGUAACAGGUCAAAGGUAGCCAAUUUGGCAGACUGGAUCGUACCCGGUCAUGGACCACAGUUUCAGGUCACAGACCAUAUACGACAAACUCUAAGAAAACAAAUUGGUCCUAGUCACUCGUAA